UCGUCGUCGUCGUCGUCGUCGUCGUCGUCGUCGUCGUCGUCGUCGGCCUCGACAGCAGCGGCGGACGGGUCUGGGUUGGCUGUCUGGUCUCCCGCCGGCGCCACAUGGUCGUGGGCGUCCUCAUCCAUUCCCUCGUAUAAGAAGACGUGCGCGGACCUCACGACAAGCGUGCAGUGCUACCCAGUCCCACCCAGCCUCCAGGAUGACCUGCAGGCUGCGGCCACCUCGCCUCUGUAUCCUGCCUGCAGGCUCGCCAACUGUCCAUUCGAGAAGCUACAACGACACUGGAACUGUUGCUGGUGUGGCAAAGGGGGAAAUAAGGAGGGUCGGUGCAGCUGCAUCAUGAUUUUCGGAGGCUUCCUGGUGCCGUGUGAACAUGUCUGCUGUGAGACGUGCACCCACGCCGGCGGCUGA